UGCGCAUGUUAUCUAUGCGUCAACAAGUGGGUGGUGGGUGUUGGCUGUUAGUUUGUAUGUGGAUACAAUGUUGUCAAACAUUACGCAUUGUUUUUGGCUUAUGUUUAUCCUAUUGGUGUUGUUCGUACCAGCAGGCGAAGCUAUACGAUGUUACCAAUGUUCAUCAGCCGAGGAUCUGAAAGGAGAAGAUAACUGUGGAGCAUACAAAAAAUUUGACAAGAGUCGUCAUAUCGCAGUUGAUUGCGGCAGCGAUGAAUCUCAUGUUCUUGGAACAUUUUGUGUCAAGAAAACUCAGCAGGGUCCCAAAGGCUUCAUAUGGGAUGGGCGAUGGCGUCAGGUUAUCCGUCAGUGUGCGUCUGUGGCAACUUAUGGAGUGACUGGAGUAUGCAACUGGGGUGUCUAUGACAAUGGUGUGUACUGGGAAGAAUGUUACUGCUCUGAGGAUGGAUGCAAUUUAGCACCAUCAUCAAAAAUAUCAAAGCCGUUGCUUAUGAUCUUAUCUACUGUCGCAUUGUUGACUUACAUGUGGCUUCAGUGAAGCUUUUCCAUGUACCUCACAUUUAAAUAUGUGGACAGGAUCUUGUUAUUGAGAGUUGAAUCUCAGAAUCAGCAAGUAGCCUGUUACACAUUUGCCAGUAUUUUAUAAGCAUUUUUGGUUCCAGUCAACUGUAUUGGUAAUAUGGAAAGUGGCAUCCUAGAAAGCAUUCAUGCACAGUUGAUGUAGUAGAACCAUUGCAAAUUGUUGUAAAGUUUGUAAAUAUACUUUUUGUUUAAGUUUUAUGGGUGACACAGCACUAUCAAGCUGUAUUUUGUAUUUAUAUUUUAGGGCAGCUGAAGACAGAAUUAUGUUUGUAGAUGAUAUGAAGUUACUCAUUCCCUUAGGCAGGGGACCAGAUGAUUUAGUCAAUGAACAAUUCAAUAUGUAUUUAGGUUCUAGAAACUAAUGUAUUACCUGAAGGUUUUAAUGUUCAUACAUUUGUAUUCAAUUGCUCCAUCUUAAAUUUUGUGCUGUGUUAUGAAAAUAUUUAAUGGUGGUCACAUAAUUUUUAACUGUUCAUUGACAAAUGAGAUAAGUUUCUCUUAUGAAAUAACUGAAAAUGACUAUUAGUUGUUCUGGUUAGCCACUGCCUAUCCGUCCACUUCCUAGUAUAUAUUAGUUAAAUUUGUAGUUGGGCUUGCUGAUGAUUGUCCAGCUAUAAUCAUGGUAUACCUCACUGACUACUCAUUUCCCCAUAAAUGAGUAGUAACGUACGAUUCAGACUUUACAGACAUAUUUUUUCACAUUCCAGAGACUGAUGAUAUAGUUGUCAUUUCAGCCCAUGAUUUCACUGUUAUUUGCAGUUGCCACUGCCAGAGGCAUGUCAUAAGUUAGCAGACUUUUUUAUAUUGAGUGUGAAUACCAUGUUGUUUAGGUGUCAAACACAUUGUUAUUUCCUUAAGGCAGCUGUUUUGUUUGUGUCAUGUGUCUUACAAAAUUCAAGGGGCUAUAAUGGACUACCCGUGUAACCUAUCCAAGUGAAUGAUGUGCCUGGUAUAACACUGGGACGUUCUCAAAUUAUUUUUUCCAUGUGCUAGUAGUGCUGAACAGUUAAAACUGAAUGUCUUUCUGUCUUGUACAUUUACUUUCUUGUCCUGUGAAAGAGAAUUAUUCUAUCUAUGAGACAUUAUUGCUUUACAUUUAUGCUGAGUAUUCAUAUAGCUUUCAGUCUCUCUUAUGAACCACAACUUGCCAGUGUACUGCCUUCAUCACCAGGCACCCACUUCACUUGGUUGCACUGUAGUAAACUAAAAAUCAUAUCUGAAAAAAAAUUAAAAAUGUGGUUUUUGUAAAGAAAACAUAAAUAUUUUUUGGUACUGAACUCUAAUACAGCAAGUGAUAAAAUUACGUGGUACAUGAAAAUAUACUGUAAUGCCCAUGAAUAAAUUGAAUACCAAAAUUGGGAUGCCAUUUCAGUCAAAAGAUGAUCUGACAAUACUUUUACUGAAUAUGCUGUGACAUGUAGCACUGAUCUUUCUGCUCAAACUUCAUACUUAAAUCCAUUAGUUUCCCAGAUGUAAGAUUAUUAGUUAUACUCAUUGACAGUUUCUCACUCCAAAAAUGCACUCUGGCAAAAUGCACAUUAUUAAAAUGAGUAUAGAAGACAUCAGAUAAAAAAAAAAGCCUUACUCAGCUACUUUGCUUUGUGAAGGAUUAUUUGAUUCCAGUCACUCUGUAAUAUUGUGACAUUGUGUACAACAGACUCAAAAGAGGUGGAUGCAUGUCAACCUUGUUAAGUAACAACAACUGGCCUGGUUUUUACCUCAGUCACUGUGCAGCUGCACAAAUUAAUAAAAAUUUGAAAAUACGUAUUAUAUUUGGCAUUGCAAAACAUGCUUGUACUGUUGUUUUAUGUUGUAGGUUUAUUUGCAUGUGAAUCAUAUGUUUCAGUAUUUUGGAAUUUCUGACAAAAAAUUACAUUUCAUUUAAACUUAUUUUAAGAUUAUGUCAAAAUAUGAAGUUUAUCAUGUUAGAUGGAAUUUUUAUUUUCUUUCACUACUUAUAUUCUGCAUAACUCAUCUAAUGCAGCAAACAUUAAUUUUAUUGUAAUUUAACAUAAUUUCAAUUUUUCUAGAUUCAUUUCCUUAAAGUGGUUUUACAAAUUUACAUUAG